GGCCACCUCAAGAGUCCCAUUAAUUACACUAAUAAUUCAUGAAUGACAAUUACCACACUGAAUCUCACCAUAUAUACUUCAAUACAACAAAUUAGAUGAACUCACCAAUACAAAGGAAGUAGACAUCUCUGAACAUUCAUAUUUCCAGUAUUACCCAUUAUAUACCUUCAACCCUCACUGCAUUAAUUCUGCAUAGAUCUCAAACUAUCUGUGAUCAUUCAUUCAUUCAAUCAGAAAUAACAAUUAAUUAAAGGCUGCAGUAAACAUAUCAAUCUGUCUUCAAUUCAUCAUCCGCCGCGCGCGCGCCGGCCAUGGUAUUCAAUCACGAUGACAGCAAAGCCCGGCGGUGCCGGGAGUACGUCGACGCUCUGGAGGAUGAACGCCGGAAGAUUGAAGUCUUCCGCCGGGAGCUCCCUCUCUGUUUCCACCUGGUCACUCAAGCGAUUGAGGCCUACAAGCAGCAGAUGUCGGGGAGGACGACGUCGGAGUUUUAUCUGAACGGCGAAUCGGAGUCCUCCGAGCCGUUGUCUAGCGGCGGUCCGGUUUUCGAAGAAUUUAUUCCGAUUAAGAAGCGGACAGAGGAGGACGAAAAUGAAAUGGAAGAUAUGAAACGGCAAUCUCGGGAAUUAAAUACAGACAACGAUGAUAACAAUAAUAAUUCUUUUGAUAAUAAAGGCGAGUUCAGUGUUAGCAGUAAUAAUAAUUCGAAUAAAUCGGACUGGCUUAGAUCUGCUCAUCUGUGGAGUUCAUCCCCAUAUCCAGCUCCCAAACAGGAAUCUGUUAGGAAGGCGGCGUUGACGGAGGUGAAUAGAAAUGGGAGCGGCGGAGCAUUUCAUCCAUUUCAAAGAGAGAGAAGCGGUGUUGCAGCCGAAGUGAAAUUGGACACGGCGGCAGCUACCAGCUCCACCUCCGGAACACGCGUGAGGAAUGGCGGUGGAACUAAGCAGAGGCGUUGUUGGUCGCCGGAGUUGCAUAGGCGGUUCUUGCAAGCCCUUCAGCAAAUUGGUGGUUCACACGUUGCCACUCCUAAACAAAUUAGGGAACUGAUGAAGGUUGAUGGACUUACAAAUGAUGAAGUUAAAAGCCAUUUACAGAAAUAUCGGUUGCAUACAAGAAGGCCAAGUACAAUGUCUACCCACAACAACAACCAUCAACAGCAAGCACCACAGUUCCUGGUGGUGGGAGGGGUUUGGGUGCCUCCGUCCAAACAAGCCGGAACAGCGGCGGAUUCCGCGGAAGCCACCAAUGCCUCCCAACUAGUUGCCUCUCAAAAUCCAUUGACUUCGUUCAAAAUGUCGUGCUCCCAGGACAGAUGCAGUCAGAGCAAGGACCAAGCACCCUCCAACUCUCCGACCACGUCCUCCUCCACUCACACCACCACGGCAUCAACUGCCUAUUGACUCCGAACAUUUUGUUUCUCAGAGACUAACAGAGAUGAGUAGAUAUUUUUGUAGCCAAGCUAUAUCAUCUUGUAUAUUUUGUCUCACUAGUCCUUGCCUUUCUAAUGACUAAUACGGAGUAUGAGGUAUAUCACAUUACCUAUAACUUAACUGCAUAACACUAAAAUUUAAAUCAGUAUAUAAAUUACAUGGCUAUGAGCUGGAAAGGUCAUGGUCUUGAAUGUACGGUUAUGGUCAAGGCCCAUUUGCCCACAAACCAAAC